UGUUUGAAUACGAGUACUUAAAGAAGAAAGAUUUUUCCGGGUUUUUCUCCGAAAAUAAUAUUAUUUGCCGAAUAGAUUGUCUAUUACUGUGUUACCGUUUUAAUCACAACGAAAUAUCGGUGACCAGUAUCCCGUUCCAGCUUAUUACUCGUACGAAGAUCUUGUUGCUCGUUGUCAGGACCGUCAUUUUGACUAGAGGCUCUGUGAGGGAACUUGCUUGCUUUUUGCUUUAGUCACUUUCUGACUACUACGCAGUUUCCGUUAAGAAUGGCGCUUUAUCCAGAAAACACCGAAGAUCAACAGAUCGAUUGGGCCGGAGAGCUGGAAGAUAAGCUUGAAGGACCUAAGAUCGAAAUAGGAACGAAAAUUAUCGGAGACCGUAAGGUGGUAACCGAAAUCAGAGAAGAAAACGGACAGAGACAGAAGGUUGUUUCUGAAUACAAGAUUGUCGUGAAACGAGUCCCGAAAGCUGUAGCGCAGCGUAAAUUGUGGAAGAAAUUUGGAGAUGCGCUGGAUGAUCCUCCCGGUCCGCAGACGGCCACUACCGUCGUCGCGGAAGAAAUCCAGAUGCAGUUUAUCACCGGUCGUGAAGAUGUAAUGGGCACUGACGCUCCGACGAUUGGCAUUAAAGACAAAGCGCAAGUCCUUUGCCGAACUUGCGGAGGAAACCACUGGACCACACAGUGUCAAUUCCAGGGCGCUACGGAGGCCGAAAAGGCGCAGAUCCGCCAGAAAUUCUUGGGAGUUACUGAACCCGAAACGUCAACAAUGGAUAUCUCCGCCCCGGAGCCGGGUGGCGGUGGGAAGUAUGUCCCACCAAGUCGGCGUAUGGGCGCGUCCUUGCCGACAUCCUCCAUGCAGCAGGAUUCAUUUCCGUCGAUUCGGGUGUCCAAUCUCCCGCAAGACGUCAAAGAAGAGGAUCUUAGAGAGCUGUUUGAUCGAUUCGGCAGAAUUAAGAAGGUUUAUCUCGGCAAGGACAAAAAGACAGGCGAUUUUCGGGGCUUUGCUUUUGUUACAUUCUAUGAUCAGACCAGCGCGGAUAAGGCUAUCAGUGCGGUAAAUGGGCAUCGCUAUUUCCAUAUGGUUUUGAACGUCGACUGGGCGAAUCCGGCAAAAUCUUGAAUAUUUUAAGAUUCAUUUAUUCCGAAUUGAGAAAUCUGAUUCCCGUGCUUUGGAAUUGUGUCGGGAAAUCUAAGUUUUUUACGUAGUGUACGCCAGCAAAUCUUUACGCUAGUUUUCAUGUUGGUUGAUAUCGACUUGUCACAUCUGCUUUUUAGAACGGCUUAAUUUGUGUCUUUACAAACUGUCGGAUUAACAAAAACUGGUCUUUUUC